CAUCAGUUUUUAAAGGGUCUUUGGCACGGAGGGUUUUCCUUCCUCCGUGGGUCUUUGGGAACCAUGCACCGCUUUCUGUGUUGUAGUUUUUGGUUGUAGUUUGACAAUUUAGACCAUGUUCUGUGGGUUAGCUUUACGACUAAUUGGUUCGAUGAUUUGGCUUUGAGUCGCUGGCAGAAAUGGUGGAAUUGUGAACGCCACACCAUCUUCAGUGCAAUGAGGAUGGAAGCACCAGAACAAAGUUGGAAGAAAGUGCUAUAUGACGACCAGAGUGUUCCGGACAAUUAUGUGGACCAGUCAUUUCUGGGCCAGCUGCGUAAAAACGUAAACCUGGUCCAUUUCACCUUUACGGAAGCACUCUAUGGUGUCACUGGCGUGGUGCAGCAAAUUUGCCGAACAGUCCUGUUUGCUGUGCUGUUCAGCCACCUGCAGGGAGGCCUGCUGCAUCCCUCAGACCUUUUUGUUGGGCUCGCCUUACUUGGCUGGCCAAUAUACUUGCUCUAUGCAUUUGCGCAGAAAAGGAAAAUUGAUGAAAUGGUGGAAGACCUUCGCAGAGCAGCUAUAUUUGUGGCAUUUGGGUCAUCUUUGGCACCCAUAAUGGGCACGUUGACUGAAACCAUAAGCACAGACACUGUGUAUGCUAUGGCUGCUGGCGCAUUGCUGUUACAUGUGGCCUGCUAUGACUAUACUCCUGGUUCAAGGAUGCAAGGAGUUUGCACAACAGAAGCACAAGAACCAGCUUCUGAUGAUGGACCAUGGGCUGCUAUAUCGCUAAAUGGUGCCCUCUUUGGUGCGGUGUGCCUUGCCUCACGGCUCACUGGUAGUGGCCCUGUGCUUGCCCUCUCGUCCCUGGCAGUUGCCCUUUUUCUGCUGGCUCCUUUGUUGGCCUCCUGGGUGCAGGACCGCUCGCCUAAGCUGCAGGUGGCAUUGACACUAAUUCAUGGAAUACUGGCGUUGUCGAGCUGCUGGCAGCUGAGUCCUCCCUUGGCUGCAGCACUGGCGUUAGCUUUACUGGCUGUAGGCCUGGUUUUACCAGGGCACUUUGUUUACUGCCACCAGUACAGACAGAGUAUCCAUGGCCCAUGGGACGAGGCAGUAAUUGAUGGCCAGCCACACUAAGUGCACUUGGAAGUUGCCUAAUGUGUGCACCAGUUUCCAAGGCAAGAAGCUCAAGUGCAGCAAUAUAAUAUUGCAUGUACAUACCAGCAGAUUUCAUUGCUGUGUUUUAAAUCACAUGCCUUGUGAUGCUGCUGUGAAAGUAAAUGUGCUUUCCAAUGGGCAAACGAGUGCUCAGAAACAAUCCAUUACUGCCCCUUUCAGCACUCAUGCCAGUUUCAGCAACACCACUGAGGUUAGAGCGAAUCUGUGCUAUAGGACAUGCAGGGCAGUGCUCAGUGCUGUCAGGGUGCUACAGCAUGGCUGAAAAAAAUUAUAGAACUUCUUUGUGAAUAUGUACAUUUCUGAUUUCUGUUAGCUAUCCAGAUACACUUAUUGUUAGUGCAUACAUAGUGUCUCACUCUCUUAUCCUUGCACUUUGUGCCCUGUGCUGUUUGCUGUGAGUAAUAAAUACAAAACAUCCAUUCUUA